CUUCUUCCAUAAAUUACAAUGACAAAGAACAGCUGUAGUUUAUUUUCGGCAAUUUUUAUGGUUUGUGUGCUUGUACAUUUACGUAACCUCAUCUGCUUAAAGCGUGGAAUAUAUUCGUUGAAAAUUUCAUAAAUAAAAAAGAAACACAAAAUGACACAUUGUCUUGCUGUCUACUCAAACUUCACCGAAAUACAUAAUGAUUGAAGUAAAUUCUAGAAUCCCAGGUGCGCAAGACAUAUUCACUCCUUUUGGUGUACCACUGUCUGGAAUAUAUAUGCGAAGUUAUGCUUAUGUAUCACUCAAGGACAGAAUACCAGUGAUAUUAACAAAAAUCAUUGAUACAAUUUGUCAAAAAAAAAAUGAAAUUGUACAUGUAUAUGGCCAGAAUGCAGCAAAUGAUAUCAAAGAUAUCAUAAGAUUUAUAGGUCAACUAAAAAAUGAAAUAGCUACUAAUAAAACUUUGAAACCCAUGCGUUUAAAUACUAAAGCAAUUAAUAAUGAUGCAGAGGAAUGGACUACAUAUUUAGAAAACAAGACACAUACAGAAGGUGAAAUACCUACGUGGUUCAAUACGACAUGGUUAUACUGCGAAACGUAUAUGUACCGUAUAUUAGCUCAAGAAAUUGGUUUAACGAGUAGCAUGCAAAGUUAUGACCCAUUCGAAUACAUAAAACAAGCUUCUUUUAUUAACUCCAUUGAUUCUAUGAAUAUUCUUGCGUCAUAUGUAAGUGACAUGAUAUGUAAUAAGGAAUACAAUAAGGAAAACUCGAAGAAUGAUUUUCCAAAAUUACUGAAAUUGAGCUUAUGGAGUAACAGAUAUGAUCUUUCUGCAAGUGCAGGAGCUCUUCAAAAACAUACUGAUAAUCCAUUGGAUAUAGUGGACUCCUUGGAUAAAAAUAUAUUAACAAACAAUUGGGAACUUGCAUGGGAUAUUGUAAAAAAAAAGACAAAUGAAAGUCUUGAUAAUAUUCAUAUAGUGCUUGAUAAUGCAGGAUAUGAAUUCUUCAGUGACUUGUGUUUAGCAGCAUUUUUUAAUACUAUUGCACCUACAACUAAGAUAAUAUUUCAUGUAAAAGCAUAUCCAUGGUAUGUGAGUGACACAACAAUUCAAGAUUUCCACUGGACAUUAGAUCAAUUGAAUAAUCUCGAUCAUUAUGCAAAUAUGAAAUUAUUGGGUAAGAGGUUCAGGAAUCUCUUGGACCGUGAAAUUUGGUGUGUUAAGGAAGAACCCUAUUGGACAGGACCUUACGAUUUUACACAAAUGAAAGAAAAAGACAAAAACUUAUAUGCUCAAUUUUCUAAUUCUAAAUUAAUAAUAUUUAAGGGUGAUUUAAACUAUAGAAAACUCCUAAGUGACAUUAACUUUGAAUAUAAUACAAGUUUUGCAACUGCAUUGAGAGAUUUCCGACCCACAAAUAUUUUGAGCGUACGUACUAUAAAAUGUGACAUUUGUGUUGGAUUACCACAAGGUAUGGCUGAAUCGUUAUUCAAAAAAGAUAAAAAUUGGAUGAUAACUGGAGACUAUGGUAUUAUUCAAUUCGCUAAUUUAGAGAUUCCUGAAGAAUCUUAGAUUUUUUUUUUAAUGCAAAUAAAAUAAUAAAAUUUGAAUUAAACAAUCACAUCUAAUUUAUACAAGAAAUAAUAAAGAAUAAGGGUUACAUACACAAAAGCUAAAAUAUUUGAUAUUCAAAUAAUUUUUGUAUUUAUAAUAUAUCUAUUUUUAUGUAAUUUUGUGCCACAUUAAUUUUAUGAUCUAUUAUAACUUGUAUAAAUUUCUAUAUGUACAUAAAUAAAAUAUCUAUCUAUAUACCUAUCUAUA